GGGGCGCUGCGCGGCCGCCGCCAUCUGCGCCGCGGGGAGCUCGGCCGCUGCUGGCUGCGCGGCUCCCGAGCGAGGGGAAGGGCCCUGCGCCGGGCCUGAGGCGGCGGCCGGGCGGCGGCGCAGGGUCUGGCCGGCGCCAUGGGGAAGCGGGACAACCGGGUGGCUUACAUGAAUCCCAUAGCUAUGGCCAGAGCACGAGGUCCUGCCCAGAAUUCAGGACCAACCAUACAAGACUACUUGAACAGGCCAAGACCAACGUGGGAAGAAGUGAAAGAGCAACUGGAGAAGAAAAAGAAAGGAUCCAGGGCUUUGGCUGAGUUUGAAGAGAAGAUGAACGAGAACUGGAAGAAAGAACUGGAAAAACACAGAGAGAAAUUAAUGGGUGGCAAUGAGAGUUCCUCCAAAAAGAAAGAGAAAAAGAAAAAGGAAAAGAAGAAAUCUAAUAGGUUGUCUUCAUCUUCCUCUUCUUCAUCAAGUUCUGAUUCUUCCAGCAGUUCAUCUGAUUCAGAAGAUGAGGAUAAAAAGCAAGGGAAGAAAAGAAGGAAAAAGAAGUAUCGCUCCUCACGGAAAUCUUCAGCGAGCUCAUCUUCUGAAUCAGAGUCAGACAGCAAGGACAGCACAAAGAAGAAAAGGCCGAAGGAAGACUAUGAAAAAGAGAAGGAAGGCAAAAAUCACCGCAGGAAGAGGAAGAAAGCUGAUCGCGAUGGGCCCCUGUCAUCAGAGUCCUUCUCGGAGUCGGAUCAGGCAGAGGAGGUACAAGCAAAGAAGAAGAAAAACAACGAGGACAAAGAGAAAACAGACAAAACAAAAAAGAGGAAGAAGCACAAGAAACAUGGCAAAAAGAAGAAAAAGAAGAUUGCUGGUUCCAAUUCAGAUUCAGAGUAAUACUAACAACCCUCCCCCACCCAAGACUAUCAACAGAAGUGCAAUGACUAAAGGAAACUUAAACUGUGAAAUGGCAGCAAACUUUACCAAACUGCAUGAGGUUUUUUUCUCCUGUGUUUUAGAAAUAUUCCUAACCUUUCAGCAGCCAGCCAGGUGCAGCUGUGCUGGGCAAGACCAUUGUUAUUGCCUGCUGCUUAAUCCAUGAGGCACAGAUUCUAUACAUCUCCAGUAAGCAGUGUUAGAUGUUUGAAGUUAUAUGAGAUGGUAAGUCCAGCCGAGGUGUAAAAUGUUGGAAGAGUUAAACUUUUUAGCUAGUAAAAGUAGUCUUUUAAAGCAGUAGUAAUAGUCUUUCUCUGUAAAUCAGGACAAAUAAAAUCCCAACUUCAUCUUGCAGGUUUAAUAUUCUACAUUUACAAGCUGGUGUCUGCUUAGUGGCAUUUACAGAGUGGGAAAUUAGAGAGCAUUGAAAAUGCUGCCUUUGGUAGAAAUGUUUUCUCAUCUGCCCCCAUUUCCAUCUGCUUCUAAGAAGGGGAAAGCUCCCGUUCUGGCCAAGUGAAUAGGGUGCCUUUGCCUUUGAGCCCUGCAAAUCUCUGCUGGUUUUAAUCCCUGCAGCAUCUCCAAUUCCAGGGAAGCCAGAACUGUUGUCAGCAGGCUUUUGCUGAGUAUGCACUUCUGGCUUUUCGGAGCGUGUGCUUCUGCAUUAAGCAAGAGCAAUAACAUUUUGCAGUAUGACUGACAUUCAAAACCUGAAGAUUUUUUACCUCUGCUCCUUGGGAAAUAGCGAUAGAUCUUUGCUAGUAGGCAGGUGUUGUCUUGGUUCAGGUCUUUUUGGUUUAGUUGGAUGCUUUUGGCAAAUGCUGGUAGCUGGUUCAUUUGCAUCACCCCUCAGGCAGGUUCAUUUGCAUCGCCCCUUAGGCUGUUUCGUUUGCAUCGCCCCUCAGGCAGGUUCAUUUGCAUUGCCCCUCAGGCAGGUUUGUGUGCUAGGCAGGUUCUUUGCAUCACCUUUUUAGAAUCAUUUUGCAUGAUUUGUCCUCUUUCUAAGCGAAGGAUGUGCAGGUAACUGCUUGUUGUACCUAGCUCUAUGAAUUCCCUUCCACACGCAGGUUUCUCCUGUAUUUAGUUCCUUUUCUAGCUCAGUUCCUCGCUGUGUUGAAGUGCACACUUGCUGAAGAUAUUUAGCAUGUAAAAAGCAGGGUUUUGAUACCUUAAACAGCUUCAUAUUGAAGCUGAUUUUACUCUUAAGCAAGUUCAAUGGCAGACCUGUUACGUGGUGUCUCAUUAGAUUCAAAAGUCCGACAAAACUACUGCCAGAUUCUCAUUAAAGAUACUGUUUCAACA